ACACCCAUCCGUCCAAUUCUGGCACUCCCGUCUCACUCAAUCUUUAAGUCCUGCCCAAGUUUUCUUUUUUAUAUCACGGCAGCAUUUCCCCCCUCUCCCCACAGGGCUGGUUUUUGUUCCAUCCGUCCUUUUGUUCCCUUAUUUUCUUUCCCCCAUCCGCAGAUCCGAUCUGUUUUCUCUGUGGCUCUGGCUACCUUUUGUUUGACUGUUCGACGGACGGGAUUAACGUUCUCGCCUAUUCUGUCGCUUGCAACCUUCAGUUCUGUAUCACUUUGGAACUGCAAACAAAAGAAAAAGAAAAAGAAAAAAGAACGCAGCUUCUAGGCGAGACAACAAGCGGGACCGCGGUCGCUCUUUGUUGUACUUGAUUAAGGCUUUUUCGUCUCGUCUCAUCUCCAAAAGGUCACGUCACGUCACGUUACGCAUUGUCACGCAUCCGUCGGUUUAAAAAAAAAAAAGCGCACAACCGUUGUAUCCCGCCAAUAUGGGCAACCCUACCGAGCAUUCGGACCAAGAGUCCAGGGACACCAAGCCCGUUCCCAGCUCCAGCCCAAGCGAGCACGCCGACAAGGAAGGCACGGUUGAGAAGCCUCACGACGGCCAUGUUGACUACAGCAACGAUGACCUGGAAAGCCCUGGUUUUGACGCUGUCGCUACCAAGAAGCUGGUUCGCCGCAUCGACUGGCACUUGAUUCCCUUCUUGGCCUGCUUGUACCUGCUCUCUUUCCUCGACCGUACCAACAUUGGAAACGCACGUCUCGAGACGCUAGAGAAGGAUAUUGGCCUCUCCAACCUCCAGUACAACGAUGCAUUGGCCAUCUUCUUCCCCUUCUAUGUCGCUGCCGAGGUGCCUUCCAACAUGGCCAUGAAGAAAUGGAGGCCAUCCAUCUGGAUCCCUUCCAUCAUGGUUGUUUGGGCUGUCUGCACAACACUUAUGGGUAUUGUUCACAGCUAUGCUGGAUUGAUGGUGUGCCGUGCUGCUUUGGGAAUUGCUGAGGGUGGUUUGUUCCCGGGAAUCACAUACUACAUUACCAUGUGGUAUCGCCGCCACGAGUGUGGAUUUCGCAUGGCCAUCUUCUUCUCUGCUGCUACGGCUGCUGGUGCUUUCGGUGGUCUCUUGGCCCGUGGAAUCCUUGAGAUGCGCGGUGUUGGCAAGCUCUCUGGUUGGCAGUGGAUCUUCAUUCUUGAGGGUCUCCUGACACUCAUUGUCGCUUUGAUCGCCUAUAAGGCCAUGUACGACUACCCUGAUACUGCCAAGUUCCUGUCUCCUGUCGAGAAGGCCGAGGUUGUGAACCGUCUCAAGCUCGACCGCUCUUCGCUGGCAGACGAGUGGGAUAUGCGUUACUUCUGGGACGCCCUCAAGGACUGGAAGAUCUGGGUACACAUGCUUAUCACCAACGGCAUCUACACCGGUCUCUACUCAUAUUCGCUGUUCCUGCCCACCAUCGUCAGCGGCCUCGGCUACACAGAUCCCAAGCUCGCUCAGUUGAUGACUGUGCCGCCCUACAUUGUCGCCUGUUUCUUCUGCAUUUCCGCCGGUUGGUUGGCAGAUCGCCUGGGACAGCGUGGUCUGUUCAUGAUCUUCUUUGAGAUGAUGGCCAUGGCUGGUCUCGUGAUGCUCAUCGUCAGCGACUCCAACGCUGUCAAGUACGCCGGUUGCUUCUUCCUGGCCUCGGGAAUCUACCCCAAUGUGCCACAGGGAGUCGCGUGGAACGGCAACAACAUUGGCGGUUCGCUCAAGCGCGGUGUCGGUAUCGCCAUGCACGUCGGCUUCGGCAACCUCGGCGGUACCGUCUCGGCCUACCUCUACCUCAAAAAGGACUCACCCCACUACAUUUCCGGCCACAGCGCCCUGCUCGGUCUUCACGCCAUGUCCCUGGUCCUGUCGAUCUUGAUGCACCUCUACCUGCGUCACGAAAACGCACGCCGCGACAAGGCCUACAAGCCCCCAUCUGAAUAUACCGAGGAGGAGAGGGUUGCCCAGCGCGAACGCGGCGAUAACGCUGAGUUUUUUAGGUAUACAAUCUGAUUAGAGCAAAAUAGGAGUGUUUAUAUCGGCGGCUGCGUCCUUUAUAUAUGAAUGGACUUGUCGGAGGAAGACGGCAAUACAUAAGAGAUUACACUAUUUUAAUGAUCUUUACUUCAUCGUUCUUACA